UCUCGUAAACGAACUUCCGGCAGGUCGCACAUUGGCAGUAUGGCAGAUACAUCUGAUCCUCUUCAUGUGCAGACACCAUUGAUAGAGAGCACAGUGCUGAGCAAGUUGGGAGGCUUUCCUGUUUAUUUAAAACUAGAGAAUUGUCAACCAACUGGUUCAUUUAAGAUAAGAGGGAUAGGAAAUUUGUGUCAGAAGGCUGCACAGCAAGGUUGCAGUGAAAUUGUCAGUUCUUCUGGUGGAAAUUCAGGCCUGGCUGCAGCGUAUGCAGCAAGGAAACUUGGUCUCCAUGCUUCCAUUGUAGUGCCUGAGACAACACCUCCAUUUACCAGAGACAGGCUAAAAGAUGAGGGAGCAGAGGUUGAAGUUCAUGGGAAAGUUUGGAAUGAAGCAAAUGAGUUGGCCUUGAAGAUGGCCAGUAAACCUGGUUGUGUAAUGGUCCAUCCCUUUGAGCAUCCUGAUAUUUGGGCUGGACAUAGUACAAUGAUCAUAGAGGCAGCUAAACAAAUGCAUCAGCCUCCUGGUGCUAUCAUUGCAUCUGUGGGGGGAGGAGGCUUAAUGAAUGGCAUUUUGGAAGGGAUGACAAAAGUUGGUUGGCAGCACAUUCCUGUGGUAGCUGUAGAAACAGAAGGAGCUAACUGCCUGAAUGCUGCAAUACAGGCUGGCAAAAUUGUUACCUUGCCAGGGAUAACUAGCAUAGCGAAGUGCCUUGGAUCCACAGUUGUUUCUACACAGCUGUGGGACCAGCACAAGCAAUAUAAGUUUCACUCAGUGGUGGUAUCAGACAAGGAUGCUGUCAUGGCAUGUCAUAGAUUUGCUGAUGACCACAGAAUGAUGGUGGAGCCGGGUUGCGGUGCUGCAUUAGCAGUAAUCUAUACCGAUAUCCUCCACAAGCUGCAGGCAGAGAGGAAACUGGAGCAGGUGCACUCUGCCCUGGUGAUAGUUUGUGGGGGCAGCACAGUCACAAUGGAGCUAAUGAACUCAUGGAAAGCCCAAUUUGGACUGGUCUGAGGGCAUCAUGAAUACAUUAUCAGAAUUCUUUUUGUGUUAAAGCAAACUUUUAUUGCCAUAUAAUGUAGUGUACAGAUGGUAAUCACUAGCUUUAAACCUAGAUCAAAUUUUGAUUCAAAACAGACCUUUUUCCUGAUAGUGUGACUCCCCCCCUUCCAAACCCCACCUAUGGUCCUGAUUCUUGAUGAAUAUCACAUAAUGUUCUAUAUAAAUAAUAAUGUAGUUCAUUAGAAUAAUGGAAUGUAUGUACUAAAGGCAAACAAGAUGAACUAGAAAAGGUACAAGUCCAACAACUUUUAAAGGUGCCUUCAUUUCUUUCAACUCAAGAAAUGAGCAUUUUUAAUGAAGACUUUUUAUCAUUAUUAAUAUUUUUUCAUUAUUAAUAUUUUUUCAUUAUGAGGUGUAUGAACCCUAGUCAUGUGUUGGUAAAAAGUCGAAUUUAUUUUUUGCAAAAACAACCCUCAUAUAUGGUGAAUUAGGUAUUAUAUAGUCUAAUGCGUAAUGUUAAAAAAAUAAUUCUUUCUAAAAGACUUAUCCAUAACUUAUUUUGUGAUCAUUAUUUUCUGCUUUUUGUCUGUACAUUUGAGGGCUUUGCUGGGUGCCUUGUUCAUAGUCUCAAGUGUAAUGAUGUUAAAAAAUAUUUUUUCUAAGGAAACUUGUCUUUAAAGAGUCAGAAAAGCAUGUUUAGUCUCUUUGGAAAUGAGUCAUUUUUUUACAAUCAAGAUAUACAUUUUACUUCCAUCCUGGGCUGCAAAAUGAAUAGAAUUUAAGUAAACUAAUACUAGUAGGCCCUCAGUAAAAUAUACUAGUAUUACUAGGUUUAUGUGGAAAUAUAUAUUAAUCUAGAUGAGUAAAAGUUGGCCACAGUAUUGAUUCAAAUGGAUUGUAUUAGAUUAAUACAAUUUUUUCAAUGGAUAUGUUACUAAAAACUAUGGCAGAGAGAGAGCAUGGGUCCAUAAAAGGUGUAACAUUAUCUUACAUUAUCAUCAUCCUUUGCCCUUUGGGCAGAAUAUGGCAGCAGCAACAGCAGCAUGUUUAGACCAGAGUUGUUUCUGCCUGUCUCAUUAUUGCAAGGAACUUGGACCAGUAUCAUUCAUGACGGUGUCAGAGUAAGUUGCAUUUGGACUGCCUCUGUUUAGCCUUACCUCCAGAUGGUGUCCAAAAUAUGAAUUUGGAGACUGGUUUACCUAAAGUGCAGGCGACGACAAAUAAGUAUUCCCAAUACCAGAAUAAA